AUGGCCUUUGUUCUUGGGACUAUGCUUGAUCCUGCGGCGUUGACUGUUACUUUGACGAUGCAAGAGCUCAUUCCACUCCCACUUGCCGUUAUUAUCCUCGAACGUGACGUCCUACCGGCUUUCUACAUUCGUUACGCAAUAUUACCCAUCCAGUACGCAUUGUCAUCUCGUAGCCCCGUAACGAAGUAUACAUGCUCACAACCCCAACGCAGAGACCAUACGCGCGGUAUCGCUACUGGGCUUCUCACAACCAUCAGCAAAGUAAAGUUACCAAGCCUGGACCUAUCAACCUCAUCCACCCGGUCCCUCCCUAGGUAG